AUGAACCCCACAGAGAUGCUAUAAGUAAUGCACCGCCAAGCUAGCUCCAAAAUCAUCCCACACAGCGAGACUCUCCUUUCUUUCUUAAACAUGCAGCAAUUCAUUCAAGCAUGGAUGACAAUCGCCUUAAUCUUCUUGUGUUCAAGGACCGAGUCCCUCCUUGAAGCUGACAGAAUUGUAAGAUUGCCUGGACAACCGCCAGUUAGUUUCCAGCAAUUCUCUGGCUAUAUCACGGUUGAUGAGAAGCAGCACAGAUCACUUUUUUACUACUUUGUUGAAGCAGAAACCAGCCCUGCUUCAAAACCCCUUGUCCUUUGGCUAAAUGGAGGGCCUGGUUGUUCCUCUGUUGGAGCUGGUGCUUUUGUUGAACAUGGCCCCUUUAGACCAACAACAGGAAACAAUUUGGUCAGGAAUGAGUAUAGUUGGAAUAAAGAAGCAAAUAUGUUAUACUUGGAGUCCCCGGCAGGAGUUGGUUUCUCUUAUUCUGCCAACCAAACAUUCUACUCCUAUGUCAAUGACGAGAUGACAGCAAGAGACAAUCUGGUGUUCCUGCGGCGCUGGUUCGUCAAAUUUCCACAAUACAAGCAGAGAGAUUUCUUCAUUGCAGGAGAGAGCUAUGCAGGCCAUUAUGUCCCUCAACUCGCUCGGCUCAUUAUUCGGUCCAAGGUGAAUUUCAACCUGAAGGGGAUAGCUAUAGGAAAUCCACUUCUGGAAUUCAACACCGACUUGAACGCACAGGAUCACUUCUACUGGUCACAUGGAUUAAUAUCAGAUUCUACCUACCAACUUCUUACAUCAGUUUGCAACAAUUCUAAGCUCAUGAGAGAGGCCAUAACAGGCACUGUUUCCUCUGCCUGUUUCGGUGUAUAUACCCUAGUUCAAAAGGAAUUAUCUGAAUCAAUCGAUCCAUAUGAUGUCACUGGUGAUAUAUGUCUAUCAUCUAAUGAAUCACAACUCAAGAUCUUCAAUCAGCAACUUUUAAGGUCAAGACUUCCAUAUUUAUCACCUCAAGUUUUAGAAUUGGAUUCUGUCAAGCAGCAGCAGCAAGUUAUGGGGAAGGUAGAUGUAUGUUUACUAGAAGAAACAACCAAAUACUUGAACAGGAAAGAUGUGCAAAUGGCUCUGCACGCAAGACUUGUUGGAGUCACCAAUUGGCAUUUUUGUAGCGUGGUAUUAGAAUAUGACAGAUCAAAUGAGGAAAGACCAACAAUUCAUGUUGUGCGAUCUCUGGUUAAGUCUGGCCUUGCGGUCUUGGUUUACAGCGGAGAUCAAGAUUCAGUUAUUCCAUUUACUGGGACUCGAAGUUUGGUAAGUAAGAUAGCGAAGGAUUUGAGACUCAAAACAACAGUGCCUUACAGAGCUUGGCUUUCAGGCAACCAGGUUGGUGGAUGGACACAAGUUUAUGGUGAUAACCUAUCUUUCGCCACCAUUAGAGGAGCUUCUCACACAGCUCCAUCAACACAACCCAAGAGAUCUCUGCUCCUGUUCAAGUCUUUUCUGGAGAAGAAACCACUGCCAACAGCAUGAAUGAACUGCUAAAAAUCUUCAGUGAAGAAUGAUCUAGGUUUCUAUGGAUGGCAUCAUUGACUAGAAAAGGGUUGUUUCCAACUUCACAUCAUCGUGCAAGAUGUUUUUUAUACAUCAAGAUCAUGAUUUUGUUCAUGCUUUAUUGACUUGUUAUGAUGACUACAACAAUAACCAUUGAGAUAAAUUUCCAUCA